CCUGUGGUAAGUCCGGAAGCUUUCCUGAUGGAUACAGUGUUGACUAAUUUCUUCCAAUCAACCUCUGCGCGCAGUCGGUGUCGAAUUGAUGGGAUGGCCCGCCCCCAUGUUUGCGAUCGACAUCGAUGCAAAACGACCCGUCUACCGCAGGAACAUUCCAGCCACGCGGGCUCCUCGUGGGUUCACGAUGCCAGUCGGCAUGGUAAUGAUACUAUCGAGGGAACGCGCGCGUAUUCUGGCCGUGAGGGAUUUUCCAGCGUCUGGUCACAGGUUUUGUCACACCGCCAGGGGUUCUUACCGGGGCGAGAAACCAGGACCAAUAAUAAGACUUGCCCCAGUCCUCCAAAAACGCCACCUACUGUAUGUGCUUGUUUGAUCCUGUUUGCCUACAGAAUGCGUUUCCCAGGUGCAGUUCGUCUACCGUUUCCUAUAAUUCGGGCCCGGGUAUUUGAGCCCGCUGUUUAUGAGAGCACGUAGAAUGCCCCCGCGAAAUGCAGUAUCCCAAGCUCGUCAGCAUGCUCCUCAUCAUCGUUCCCCUCGCCGGCCUGACCACGGCUGCCCCAGUCGCUGAUGCCAGUGCUGAGCCAAUAAACGCAAUACGUCGCGUGCCGUCCGCCGACGAUGUCGAUCUUAAGGCAAUCGGUGAUGUCUACAAGAUGUAAAUUGUGGACGGGUUCAUUGUUGGAGUGGUGGAGAAGGAGGUGAUGAAUUUUGUGUAUGGAAGGAAACCUUGAUGUUCGUUCUGUUAGAUGUCUAGUCUACAAACAAUUUGAGUCCCCUGUG